CGCUCCCCGCCCCCGCCCCCGCCUCCGCCGCGGCCCCCGCCUCCGCCUCCUUCUACUCAGGCGCCCCGGCUGCCGCCGCUCCUCCCCGGCCCAGGAGCGGUUGCGGAGCCGCCGCCGCCGCUGCCCAGACCGCGCAGCGCGGGAGACAGGAUUCGCACGAAAUAAAUCAGAAUGAGUUAUGCAGAAAAACCCGAUGAAAUCACGAAAGAUGAGUGGAUGGAAAAGCUCAAUAACUUACAUGUCCAGAGAGCAGACAUGAACCGCCUCAUCAUGAACUACCUGGUCACAGAGGGCUUUAAAGAAGCAGCGGAGAAGUUUCGAAUGGAAUCUGGGAUCGAACCUAGCGUGGAUCUGGAAACACUUGACGAACGAAUCAAGAUCCGGGAGAUGAUACUGAAAGGUCAGAUUCAGGAGGCCAUCGCCUUGAUCAACAGCCUCCACCCAGAGCUCUUGGACACAAACCGGUAUCUUUACUUCCAUUUGCAGCAACAGCAUUUGAUCGAGCUGAUCCGCCAGCGGGAGACGGAGGCAGCGCUGGAGUUUGCACAGACUCAGCUAGCAGAGCAGGGCGAGGAGAGCCGGGAGUGCCUCACGGAGAUGGAGCGCACCCUGGCUCUACUGGCCUUUGACAGUCCCGAGGAGUCGCCCUUUGGAGACCUCCUCCACACCAUGCAGAGGCAGAAGGUGGGGCCCGUGAGAGGGAAGCCUCCUUCCAUUGCUGACGUGCUCCAAGGGGGAAUUCGCAAAGACACCACAUGGGUGUGGAGUGAAGUGAACCAAGCUGUCCUCGACUAUGAAAAUCGCGAGUCAACACCCAAACUGGCAAAAUUACUGAAACUACUACUUUGGGCUCAGAAUGAGCUGGACCAGAAGAAAGUAAAAUAUCCCAAAAUGACAGACCUCAGCAAGGGUGUGAUCGAGGAGCCCAAGUAGCACCUGCACUUGUGUGGUGGACCCAACAGCAGCUCUGUGUCAUGGGGCUUGCCUGGGAUCAGCCUUCGACUGCGGCUUUCUUACUGCAGUACAGAACUCUUUUUCUCCCUUGUACUUUUUUUUGACCUGGCAUCUUUUUUUAUAGGGAAAAAUGGCCUUGUAGGCAGUGGAAACUUGCGAGGAAAGAUACGCCGUCCCUUUGGCAGCCUGAUGCAGACGCUGUAGCCCGGUACCCGCUGAGGAAUCUGGCAGUCUGCGGUCGGCUCUUUUGGCGUUCCUGGGGCCUCUGGCUGCUGAAGGAUUUGGUCUGCCCCGAGGGCUGUGCUGUUAGGCCGCGUCCCCCUCCAAAUACAGGAAAAGCACGAAUCGUGAUUCUGCUUUCUGUUAGCUUAGGCAGACAUUACAUCUUACUUCCCCCAAAUCUUGUCAGGCCUGCACCUACAAGUUCUUCCUUACUCCUGUGGUUUUUUGUUUUUUUCCCCAUAGGAAAGAAUAUAUAAAUUUGUAAAUCCUAAUUCAAAGACGGCUUGUGUGUGAGGGCAUUCAGUUUGGUUUUCCCUUUUGUCUGGGUUGUGUGGCUUUUGGGAGAUGUGUGUGAGGGGCUAUGUGUUUUUUAAUUUUUUAAAUAUAUAUUUUGGUGCUGUGCGUGGUGAGAGGCCGGUUCAUAGUGGAUCAGCGAACCAUCUCUUCUGGGCAGUUUUGUUGAAAAUAAAGGUUUCUCUUUGAUUUCAAGAAUGACCAAAAUGGCCUCUAAAAAGUGUUAAUCAUCUCAAACGACAUUUGUCUUUGGGGCUCUUCCCCCUGUGAUGGCGGCAGUGGCUUUUUUUGGUACCUGCAGCUGGAAACGCCUCUUGGCCCUGUGCUGAGUGAGCGGCCUCCCUUAGAGCGAGGCAGCCCUUGACCACAGGGGACACAGGGCCUCAGCUGCUGGUGCACAACUGUUGGCACAAGGAAGCGUGUUGAGCCUCAGUGAUCUGCCCCUCAGCAUCUCAGCAGCAUCUCAUCUUCCGCUGUUGGUGGCCCUGCGGGUGUCCUGCACUCCCUGCUCUGGGGGGCAGGAGGGAAGUGGUACAGGGCUGUGUGUCUUGCCUGCCAGUCGGGAUAGUUGAUGUCACUUGCCUGUGUAGCUCUUGGUGCGGACGUGUCUGGACUUAUCGCAGUGGGCCGCCGGUCACUGUUGACCCCACUGAGUGGUGCCAAGCGUUGGUUUUGUGGAUGUUCAUGGAACUGCUGACCCAUCCGAAGGCGUCCUUUGGCGGCAGUGGAGACUGCAGGUGCAUCUGAUGGGCGAAAUUCUGCCAGCACUUGAAUCUGGGAUCUCGCCUUAUUCUCAAGUAGCCAGGCAUCUUGACAAGCACAGUCUCUGGGUGCGGUGACCAGCUCGGCAGUACCGGAGCCGGUCAGGUGAUCUGCCUCCGAGGGGCCGUCCUCACCGUGCUCCUGGAUCCCUUGAGUGUUGAUAGCGAGGCGUCCACAGCACUGUUCUCGCCUCUGAAUGACGCUGCUUUCUCCGUUGGAGCCUGAUGAGGUUGCAUUUUCAAGCACUCUACUUCUCUCUCCAGUGGGUAGGAGCUUUUAGCAGUGUUUACUUUGACUUAGAUGGCUUAUGUAAUUAGUAAGAGAUGCAAAGAUAAAACUGCUGCAGUCCUUAUGGAAGCAUGGUAGCCUCCAGACUUAUCGCCUGGCUGACCCUGGAACCUUGUCAGGUGCGGUGCUAGGGAAGUGGUGCUUCCCUACCCCCUGGAAAUGCUGCCUUCCAACUCCCGCUCUCCCACACCUGACCCUUCCUUGGUAUUCUUUCCUCUGAGGUUUGAGGAUGAAGGUAAGUUGGGGGGAAAGAGAGUAACUGAUAAGUGAAAUAUAGCAGAAGCUAGAAGAAAACUGUUAGGUGAGAGAUAUGUCUGCUCAUUUUCUUUAACAGCACCAGAUAAUUCAGCAUCUUCCUAAUUACCUUUAUUAUUAGUGUAUAUAAGAUCAUUUAUCGUAUAAAAUAUAGUCAAUUUGACUUAUUCUUAAAACGAGGGGAGGUGAGAUGCAUAGCAGUGGGAAGUCUCUCCACAAACUGGGGGAACACGAGUGGGUCCUCACAUGCCUUGGCUGUCACACCAAGUGCUGCUGUUGAUUUCCAGUUCAGCCGGUGGGUGGCUGAUAAGCCAGUGCUAGCAUCCAGCGCGAGCAAGUGUUGGGGAGACACCGAAGUCUCCGAGGUUACGCGUUCCUUCCCGUUGUGUAGGGGCUACCCUUGCUUUUCUCACGGUCUGUUAGUGGACUGGAGGUCUACCAAGGAAGUGCUUUGCACACUUUCUCCCUGCUCCUUUUACAGUCUUUGUCUUUGCAGCAAGCAAAUGAAAUUAAGCCACUUUGGGAUAAUGAGCAUUCAGUAUAAUUCUACUUUGUCUCAUUUUGUAUAUCACUGUUGUGUUUAUAAGAAUGUAGUUUCAUUUUACAGAGUAGUUUAUUCUUUUUACACUUCUGGUGGAGAGUGCCUUGAAAUAAAAUGUGAGAAUAUUCUGAUUCUCUGAUGCGUAAAGUUGGGUGUGAGAAUAUUCUGGUUCCUGAUGCAUGAAGUUGGAUGGGGAAUACCCCUAGUCCGGAAUCUUUGUGAAGCAUAGGGUUAUUGCAAGGCAAAUGGAACCAACACAUCUUGCCAUUUUAAUCAGGGUCUCCAGUUUCUAGAAAAGGCUGACAUUGGUUGGGACCAAAGUCUCCGUGGCUAAUGACUGAAGACGGGUGCUCAUGUGUGUCUGGAGUCCCCGGAAGCCUCGGGAGGCGGAGCUGUCAAGACCCAGUCUGAAGGAACGUUCAGGACAGUUUUUGUAAGGCAGUGUGAUGUCUUCAUAUUCUUAUUUCCAUUUCUGUACGUCGUCAGCUUUGAAGAGUGGAGGAGCUGGGGGUUCCAGAAAGAAUGUUAGACGUGUGUUGAAGACAGUGAUGUCUUCGGAGCGUGGAACUCUAUCCCCUUCUGGGCUGUCACUGCUAAGUCUCAGCAUGAACAGACCUGGCGGAAAGCAUGGUGGCCAAGUGGUCUGUGUGCUUCCCUGCCGGCGGAGAGCAGCGCGUUCUUCACAAUAGGGCCUCAAGGGUGUGGGUGCACAGCAGACCCACAGCCGGCCCCGCUGCCUGCUGCCGUCUGUCUUCAGUAACGGCUGGUCCAUUGACUGUUCUGUUCUAAUACUAUGCAUGUUAUUUUUUACAACAGGUACGUUUUUGUUUCAGAAAUAUGUAUUGCUUUUUUCAUACUUUUUGCAAAUUGUAUUGUCAGCAUUAGGUCAGUUGAAGUCCUGUAUGAACCAUGACCUGCUGUGGGACCUUUAUACAUGUUUGACUCCGUGAUCUUGAUUCCAGCGUGGCAUAUGUGCCCCCCGGUAUCUUUUGAAAAGUGCAGAAGAGGUUGCUUCUACUGCCUGUUCUUAAUAUAACAGUAAAAGUUUUCACAUUUUUCUCAGAA